AUGCUGCAUGAGCAACCCCGUCAGCUCACCAAAGGUUUGUUCGACGCAGUCGGUCUCGCCCACGACAUCAAGAGCUUGCGCUUCGAUGACUUCGUCAUUUGCGUUGCAAAUAUCGCAACGUGGUCCAAGAGCGAACUGCUCCAUUACGCCUUUAAACAAUUUGACGUCGAUGAGUCUGGACUCAUGGACUGUCGUGAACUUCGAGCUUUUUGCGAAGGUCUAAAGAACGACAGCAGCUUCUACUUCGCCAAAAACGUGAGUACAGCUCGUGAUAAAAUUACAGCACGCGAUCGGAAGAAUCUCAACGCUCAGAACUCGUCGGACCAAAUUCCGAUUGCUGACGAUGAUGAAAACACCGCACUUGUGGAUCUUGACGACCUGAUGAAAGGAUCAACUGAAUUUCAGGUAGCCUUUUACCCUUUGAUGCAGCUUCAGCAAAACGUGCGCGGUUGUGCGCUCGGAGACCAGUUCUGGGCUGGAGUAACGGCACGUCGGCAACAUGUGGACGUAGUUGUGAAGUACAUGGCGUUUCAUAAAGGAAAAUUGCCGCCAACUUCGGCAAUAACGCGCAUCUUGGCGUUCAUACCUUUCUCACAAGCUCACACACAAAUGCUCGUAUACAGAUUAGCAGUUCUCAAAUACGCCGAAGAUCAAAAACAACAAGAGACGGCCAGAACAAAAGCAAAACAAGCUCGAAAAAAGCACGAAGAUAGUCAAACGAGUUGGUGA